AUGCGCUCCGCUAUUCUCCUGACCGCCGCCCUGGCUGCGGGCGCUUGUGCGACCGAGCUCGACAAGCGGGUCUACGUGACCGAUUGGACCACCGUGGUCAUCACCAAGACCGUCACCGAGGCUCUCGCCCCAGCUCCGACUGAGGCUCCGGUCCAGGCCGACCAGGAGUCGACCCUGACCAAGAAGACCACCGUCGUUCCCGACGUGACGACCGACACCCCCAAGGCGAACAACGCCCAGGCCGGCUCCGGCUCGGGUGGCCUGCUGGGUGCUCUGUUCGGUGGAGGUAACUCGGGUAAAAAUUCUGGCGCCAACCCGGACAUCACCAAGGACGAGAAGCCGGCGCACCACGCGCACCACCACAAGCACAAGCCUGCCCCGGCGCCGACCACCACCGAAGUGGCGCCUGCCCCCGAGCCCACUACUAUCACCGAAACCGCCGCCGCUCCGACGACCAUGUCGACCACCACCACGACGGCUGACACCCCUGCCCCGACCACGAACUCGUACCAAUCCGACGUGCUGUACAACCACAACAUCCACCGCAGCAACCACUCCGCUCCCUCUGUUUCUUGGGACAAUGAGCUCGAGCAAACCGCCCACACUCUGGCCGCUCGCUGCGUCUACCAGCACGACACUUCCAUUGGCGGUUUUGCUUAUGGUCAGAACAUUGGAUACGGUGUCACGGCGGACCAGGUCGGCCAGAUGAUCACCAACCUGAUGUACAAUGACGAGAUGGAAUACUUUGCCGAGCUGUACGGCGAAGCCAACCCCUCCAUGGCCAACUUCGACAGCUGGGGCCACUUCAGCCAGAUCGUGUGGAAGGACACCACCAAGGUCGGAUGCUCUACCGUUAUGUGCAAGAGCCUGGGCAACGUCGACUCCAGCGAUGCCCUUCCCUUCACCGUCUGCAACUACUCCCCGCCUGGCAACUACGCGGGUCAAUACAACAAGAACGUCCUCAGGCCCGUCGGCAACAGGAUGUUCGUCGCCGAGUAA